CCAUCGGUAACUCCGAACGUUUUGUUUACAUGUUGGCUGUUGUGGUGUGUCUCGAGGCGACCUCUGCCACUAACACACAGCCAUGGACACCAUACUCGAGCAACAAAGGCGGUACCAUGAAGAAAGGGAGCGGCUUAUGGCUGCUAUGGUGAAGGAAUGUCUACACAAGAAGGGCUCUAAUCGUGAAGUAAUAAACUCUGACCACCGCCACCGCAUCUUGCUUGACCGAUAUGUGGAGGCUUCACAACACCUAGCAGAUCUUUAUGAAGAUAAGGAUGGUCUGCGCAAGGAGGAAGUUGCAGCAUUAUCUGGACCUAAUGAACUGGCCGAAUUUUACAACCGUCUGAAACAAAUUAAAGAAUUUCACAAAAAGCAUCCCAAUGAGAUAAGUGUGCCCAUGAGUGUGGAAUUUGAGGAAAUCAAUAAGCAAAGGGAAGCCAAUGAUGAAAAUUUGGUAAUGGUGGACUUCACUGAUGAAGAAGGCUACGGCAAAUAUCUUGACCUUCAUGAGUGCUACAACAAAUACCUCAAUAUCAAAGGGCUUGAAAAGAUCGAGUACAUCGCAUACCUGACAACAUUUGACAGGUUGUUUGAGAUUCCAAAAGAAAAGAAGACCACACAGUAUCGAGAAUAUCUCCAUGUUCUUCUUGACUACUUGUAUUCUUAUGUAGAGAGGGUAAAGCCUUUAUUGGAUCUUGGCGAGGAACUGGACAAUGUCAACAAGGAUUUCAAUGAACAGUGGGAGGGUGGAAGAUUUCCUGGCUGGCCAAAGGAAACAGGUGGUGCCCUUGCAGCAAUGGGAGCUCAUCUUGAUCUGUCUGCUUUUUCAUCGUCGGAAGAACUUAUGUCAUUAGGUCUGGAUCGUUUGAAGUCAGCACUAAUGGCUCUUGGUUUAAAAUGUGGAGGAACUUUAGAGGAAAGAGCACAAAGGCUCUUCAGCACAAAGGGAAUGUCUGUAGAAGAACUGGACCCAUCCCUGUUUGCAAAGUCUAAGCCUGGUAAGGUAACAAAGGGGCGUGAAACAGAAAAAAUUAGAGAUCUUGCAAUGUUAGAAGCACAAGUUUACCGCUUUACAGAAACCUUAAGCGAGCAGCGUUUGGCUACCAAAGAAAAUGUUCAGCGCAAACAAGCCAGAAGAGAUGGGGAAGAGGAGGAAGAGGAGGAGGCUUCAGCAUCGGAAUCUGAGGAUGAAGCCGACGAUGAAGUGCCAUAUAAUCCCAAGAACCUUCCUCUGGGCUGGGAUGGUAAACCCAUUCCAUAUUGGCUGUACAAACUCCAUGGUCUCAACAUUAGCUACAACUGUGAAAUCUGUGGAAACUUCACAUAUAAAGGUCCAAAAGCAUUUCAAAGACACUUUGCAGAGUGGCGACAUGCUCAUGGCAUGAGAUGUUUGGGCAUUCCGAACACUGCUCACUUUGCAAAUGUUACACAAAUUGAAGACGCUUUGAAACUGUGGGAAAAACUCAAGGUUCAGAAAACAUCAGAAAGAUGGCAAUCAGAACAGGAGGAAGAAUAUGAAGAUUCUCAAGGAAACGUUGUUAAUCGGAAAACCUUUGAUGAUCUUAAACGGCAAGGGCUCCUUUAGAAUUUGUAGUACAGUAUUUGAGGGUCUUUCAAACAUUAACAUUUGGGAAAAUUAUUAAUGUCUGUACAUGUACAAUGUAUAUCAAUGUUGAUUGUAUUGUACACAUUUCUCCCAAAAAUAUAUUUGUCGAGCUGUAUUCAAGUUGUACUGUAAAUACACAUGUUUACAAAAAUGUGGUAUUGUAACUAUAUAUAAUCAUAAAUGUUUUUUUUUGGGGGGGAGGGGGGCAGAUAUACUGUACCAUAUACCAUUUCAAUUGUUUUGAAAUUAAAACGGUUUGCUUUGUUACUGUCGAUUGACGUGUCACUAACUUGUACCUUGGUGAAAAGUAAAUGUACAUAAUUUUUAAGUAAAUAUUAGAAAUUAA